CCAGUGUUGUUGUUUUGGGUCUCUUCAACAAAACGGAAACAAAUCGCACUUUUAGACGGUCCCUAACAUUGUUGCCUUCCAGGUUCAAGAAACGAAAAGUGUCACGAGAUCGACAUGCUCAUAGAAAAUCUUCCAAAUUCUAACAAAUUCAUAUUUCACGGUUAUAAUGAUCUCGUCAAACACUCAGUGCACUUCUGUACAUCAUUUAACAAGGCGUUUCUGUCUGGCAUCGCAUGAAGAAAAACGCGGAAACAAUGGUUCUUUUUGUUUCAGCGGCCGAUGUGCAGUAGCUAAAUGAUGUUGGUAGUACUGUGAGUAAUACAAGUGUUUAGGUUAAUUGUUCAUAGAAAACGUAACAAAUGGAGGAUGAAGAAAGAUUAUGCAUCUCCAGCUGUUGUUCGGACUGGAUGUCCGAGAUGCCCUCGGGUUUUUGGGACAUACCGCUGUGGAAUCUCGCUAUACCCGGAAGUCAUGACACCAUGACUUACUGUUUAGAUGAACGGUCCUCAGUACUGAAGUCUUCGCCGAGUUUGCUGCAAGUGUUAGACACCUGGUUUCCUUGUAUCGUUCGGCCCUGUAUAAUCAAAUGGGCGACAACACAGGAAGAUAGCAUCUCUAACCAGCUGGAUUUAGGCAUUCGGUUUCUCGAUUUAAGAAUAGCUCAUAAGAUAAAAGACCCUGAUAAAGUUUUCUACUUUGCACAUGGGAUCUACUCCCUUCUGACAGUGAAGGAAGUGCUCACAGAAGUUGCUCGCUGGUUAGAUCAGCACACCAAGGAAGUGGUCAUUAUUGCACUUUCUGCCUUUGAUGGCAUGAACCUGGAUCAACACAGAGACCUCAUUCAAUUCCUCAUAAGCACAUUUGACAAUAAAAUUUGUCCCAAUCAUAUCAUACCCUCACUACUGCAGUGUUGGAAUCACAAUUAUCAGGUUAUUCUGUCAUAUGAUGACUCAUCUGCGUCUGAAUAUGAGGAAUUGUGGCCACAGUGUGAAUAUUGGUGGGCAAAUACAUCAGAUCCAAAACAUGUCAUAUCCUACCUGGAGGAGAGAAAAACAGAAGGAAGACCAGGUCACUUUUUUGCUGCUGGUCUGAACCUGACUGAGGAUGCCAAGUAUGUUCUUUCUCAUCCGUGCCAGUCAUUACAAAGCAUGACCUUGAGCUCCUAUAGUCUGCUUUUGAACUGGGUCAAACAACAGCGUCCAGGCCCGGGCAAAUCAUGUGUCAACAUCAUCUGUGCAGAUUUUGUGGGGGCUUUCAGCAAUGAAUUCACCCAGCUGGUUAUUGGACUCAAUCAAACACUCUUAAAAAAGAGACUUGAUCUUUAAAUCGGCCAUAAACAUUACAUACAGAUGCAGCAUCUUUCUUACAGUGUAUCUUUUUAACGGAAGCCUUGUUGUUUUUGAUGUUUACAUAUUGCUAUUUUUUUAGUCUUUUAUGACAGUCCCUAAACUGUGAGGAAACAAUGUUUUGUGCAAUGCUGCCAUCUACAGGCAAUCCAUAUUUAGGUUUGAACAAAAUAAUGUUACUUGCAACUUUACAGUUACAUCAAACUACUGAAAUGCCAAAAACUAAACUUCUUUCCUGAUUGUUCUUGGAUAUUUGUCAAAAGGGCAGAUUGAUAUAAUCAAAGACUAAGUGGCUCAAUAGAUUAUAGCAUUACCUGUCCAAUGAGUCACACUUAAUUUUAGUAACGUCUAAUGUCCUGUCAUGACUUCAUCUAUUGAUGAUGUUCACUCUGUUUGGCUUUCAGUCCAUGUGGGUAACAUGUAUCUGUGA